AUGGCACCAAGUGGGCGGAAAAGGCGUCGACUUGACCCGGGGACGGUUCAGCCCCCAGUGGCUGAGCUCACAGGAGAAUGUGACAUUGAGAACAUUGAAGAGAUUAAAGAUGCUCUUGAAGGAGGGAGAAUGGCAGAUGCUGCCUCCAAGAUCAUGGAAAACUUGCAGGCCUUGGAAAACGCUUGUCUUGAUAUCGCAGUAAUAGGAGAGUCUGGCUCCGGGAAGUCCUCUUUUGUUAACGCCAUCCGAGGCCUAGGAGAUGAAGACGAUGGAUCUGCCCCCACCGGGGUGGUGAAGACGACUGUAAAGCCAACUCCCUACCUGCACCCCAAGCAUCCCAAAGUGACGGUUUGGGACUUGCCAGGAAUCGGUACACCCAACUUCCAGUCUGACACUUACCUGGAACAGGUGAACUUCUCCCGCUAUGACUUCUUUAUUCUCAUCGCCUCAGAACGCUUCAAAGCCAACCAUGCCCAUCUGGCCAAAGAGAUUGAGAAGCAGGGCAAACGCUUCUAUUUUGUACGUUCCAAAGUAGACGCGGACCUGGAGGCCACCAAAAAGCGUCGACCACAUGCCUACAAUGAGGAGGACAUCCUGCGACAGAUCCGUGAGAACUGCAAAGCGUGCCUGGAGGCUGAAAAAGUGGUAUCACCGUGUAUCUUUCUCCUUUGCAACUGGGAGCUGAGCAAGUAUGACUUUGUGCUGCUGCGGGAAACCUUGGAGAAAGAGCUUCCGAGCCACAAGAGACACGCCUUCCUCCUUGCCCUGCCCAACGUCUCUCUAGAAAUCUUACACAAAAAGAAGGAGGCCUUAAAGAAGCAGAUCUGGAAGCUUGCUACUGUCUCAUGUUUUGUGGCAGCAGUGCCCAUCCCAGGAUUCUCCAUGGCCUGCGACGUGACUAUCCUGAUCAAGACCCUCUCGGAGUACCACAAGAGCUUUGGCCUGGAUGACUACACCCUGGAGAAGUUGGCAGAGAAGGUGGGCAAGCCUGUGGAGGAGAUCAAAGGGGUGAUUAAGUCCCCCUUGGCCAGGGAGAUCUCCAAGGAUGUGGUGUUGAAGAUGCUGAGCAAGGCUGGAGACAGGGCAUUGAUGAUGGCUAAGUAUUAUGCUAGCAUAGUGCCCAUAUUUGGUUCUCUGGCUGCUGGGGGGAUCUCCUUUGGAACCACCUACCACAUGCUCCAGAGUUCCCUCAAUGAAGUAGCAGACGAUGCUCACAAUGUUCUCAUCAAAGCCUUUGAGUCUGACGUUUAAAAAGAUUCUUGGGAUGGAAG